CUCACCGCUGUUCGCUCUUGCCGAGGAACAAGUCGGUCAGGAAGCCGCGCAGCAGCCACGGCUUUUAAGGAUACCGGAAAAACACCCGUGGAGCCGGAGGUGGCAAUUCACCGAAUUCGAAUCACUCUCACAAGCCGCAACGUCAAGUCGCUGGAGAAGGUGUGUGCUGACUUGAUCAGAGGAGCAAAGAAAAAGAAUCUGAAAGUGAAAGGACCCGUUCGAAUGCCUACGAAGACUUUGAGAAUCACUACAAGAAAGACACCUUGUGGUGAAGGUUCUAAAACAUGGGAUCGUUUCCAGAUGAGAAUCCACAAGCGACUCAUUGACUUGCACAGUCCUUCUGAGAUUGUUAAGCAGAUUACUUCCAUUAGUAUUGAGCCAGGAGUUGAGGUGGAAGUCACCAUUGCAGAUGCUUAAGUCAGUUAUUUUAAUAAAGUGAUUACCAGUUGUUAAAAAAAAAAAA